AUGGUUUGAGCCUUGUAGGCGGAGCCCGAAGCGGAAUGAAAAGUGAAACAGACGCUUUCCUUCUCGGAAUAUCUAAACGAGUACUUUUUGUCUGUUCCUCGCAAGGGUCAUUCGAUGACUUUGUCUCAAUAAAACGAAUGAUAAUGAUGAGUUCAUUCACAGUAUAUUUUUUUUUUAAUACAAAUUUUUCGUGCAACCAAACCAAUCGUUGGGCCAAAGAGGUAAUUAGGAUUAAAAAAAAUAGUACCGAAUAAGAAUUUCAAAAGGAAUUGGAGAUUUUUUUUUUCGCAAUAACUUUUGAAGAUAAAAAAUGCUUGUCCCUAUAAGACCGGGCUUACAGGGUCGGAAAAAAAACAAUAUUGACCAAAAAUCCACUUACAAUGACUUUAUGUUUUGGUUCUUUGGGCUGCGAUUCUUAAUUACUGGAUUAUUCCCUAAUGACAUCCUCUCUCUCUCGUCAUCACAGAAUCGACGACUGCUUUUUUUUUUUUUUGAAAAAAAGUGGAGUAAUCUCAUCCCUCGACCAUUUGGAAAAAACGAAUGAAACGAAAAAUUUUUGAGCUCCAUGGUGGUGUAGCUGUAGGUUUUUGUAAUUUUCAGGCCGAGUUUUAAAAAUUUUUUGUACGAGCUUUCAUCACAAACCCUCUCUCGUGGAAUAAAAAAUUUCGAGUUGGGAUCGCAUAAUGAAUUUCGGUUUUUUGUGCUCCCAAAUCUAAUUAGCUUGAGGAGGCGUAAGCCAUUUAUGAAAAUGAGCUUUUCUUUUUCCCGUUUUUCAGAGACGGCGGUAAAUUUCGGUUUAGGACGGCUUUUCUUUUUAUUUCUUUGGUGUGAUGGGAGAUUAUGUCGAUUCUCUUGUUCCUUGUUACUGUGAUGCGUGACAUCAUGGAUAUUUUCAUGGACCUAUACGUUCUCAUAUUAUAAAAAAUGACAAAAAUAGCAUAAUCAACCAUGUAUCGAGGAAAAAAAAGUCCAAUCAGGCUAAUUGAAGUUCACAUCUUCGAGAAAAAAAAAUCAAAUUCUCCGCAGGAAUUAAUAAUUUUAUGUGCAACUUUUGAGAAAUCGAAAAUAAACAGAGCCUAGAAAUGGAAAUCAUCAGUUGUAGUGAAAAAGAGAAUUUGAAAGUUUAAGGUUACUUUGGCGAAAGAAGUUUCCGUCGAAGUGAUCCCGAGCGUCAUCAACUUGACGAUUGAGGAGUUUUGCGAGCUCGCCUUGAAAUAUAAAGGUUCUUUUUCAUUUUUAUCAUUAAAAAAUGAAAAGUAAACUCAGAUGCUUUUGCUGCUUACAAAGUCAAGUAUUUCGAGGACAGAAGUCGUUUCCAAGAGUUCACUUCGACAAUGGUUUCGAAACGUUUCAAAAUGAUAACUUUUAUUCGCCUCUCUAGAUUGCCAUUGCCAACAACUUGCACACGUGCAUUGAAUCGACGGAGAAGUACAUGCAGCAGGUGAUUUUACCAAUAUUUAUUUGGUUAUCCAAAUGAGAAACCUGUUCUUUCACUGUUUUAAAUUCUCUCGAAGGUGCGAUUAUCAAUGGAAAGCGACGUGCAAGUCUCGAGACACCGGUCCCGUGUCACACAGCAACAAAUUAUUGAAAACAUGGAUCGGCUCAACGCCAGGUGGAACAACGCCGUCUCGAUCGCGUACGACUUUUUUUCCUGUGUCAAGUCGAUUUGUAAAGUGAAAUCGGAAAUAAUUGAUGUUUCAUGGCUCAAACUGUUGUUCAAUUGCGUAGCAUGUUUUCAGUCGAUAGAAAAUUUGAUAGACUAGGUGCUAAACAAGAAAUUUCUGAGUAGCAUCGAACGACCGCCUUUUGCGAAAUAGAAAUCCAAACGUGUAUCAAGUUUCAAGCAUGGUCUUCGGGUCUUCUUCCUUGUUCGUCUGCCCGUCGUUGAUCCAGUUGCGCCUUGGCGAGUUCAUAAUACAUUAGGUGCUGUAGCCGGAGCCGGUAGAAAUUUAUUUUCUCAGCGCGACACUUUAGGGCCUUUACGGUUGGAACUAUUUUAUUUUAUUUUAAAAAGCCCAAUUUUUGAGCCAAUUAAUGCCAAGUCGUGAAAUUUGCACGGUGCAAAAAGCAAGCAUUUAGAUUUUUGCAGGGUGAACUAUUUGAGGGAGGAAGUUGUUGUCGACAUUGACCCGCACCUCGCCGAGAUUUUCUCAAGGAAAUGGUCUUUUAAGUCUGCGAAAAAGUUGGAACUGAUUGGUUGGGAACAGGCUAGUGGGGUGCGCUGCGCUUGAGACUAUCUGCAUGACGAUCCACGACUACUGGCUCGAUCACCGGCAUUUGAGAGCUUCGACUCGCUGCGUCUUGCUGAUGGACUUGCAGUUUCGAAUUGUUGGCGAGUACCUCAAGGCGAUGGAAACGAGGUGCCAAAUUUCUUGAAUCGAUAUAUUUUGCAAAAAGAAGUGGUUAAGGCGACUGACCUUUGCCUCUUACGAAGAACGACUGUCGGCUGGAAAGCGUCUUAAAAGUGACGUAUCGCGAAUCGACGCCCUCUACGAAGAGCUGACGACCGGAGAAUCGGAAAUGGUCGAGCAGGUAUGUAGCCCGUUCAAUUUCACCAUUAUUUCGACCAUGCACUAAAAAUAUAUUUUUGUCUCUGUUUCAAUCCGUCAUUCCUUUUAACUUUUCAUUUCUUCCCCAACUUGUUUUCAGGCCGUUUUUUUUCCGUGUAAGAACUUUAACAACGUUCUAACGUGUAAAAAAAAAAAUGAAAACAUUUUUACCUUUUUCUUCUUAAAAAUAGAGACCGCAGAGCCACGCCCCUUUUUGCGAUGGUGAAAUGCAUUGAGUUUUUGGUCAUUUUGUUUCUUAAUUUUGUAAGAACGCAAUACUGAACCGUUUCUAACGAAAACUGAUGGAAAGUGAACCUCCCUCUUUCAAUAUGUGUAAAAUUCACUCAUGUUUCUCGCGUUUCAGCGGAGUGUCGUACAGAAAAGUGAAACGAAUUUGAUCUUGUCUGUUUUUAACUACAGUACCGCUCAAAAGUCUAUUAAGUUUUGGUUUUUUGAGCAUAUCUCAGCGAGUACUUAUCUGAUUUAUAUAUAACUUUCAGGGAUUAUGUAAAAAUACACUUUGAAACAUAUACGGUAUACAAAGACAUGUCCGCGAUCACUGUGACGCGUUUUAGGCAUUUUUUUAUUGAUUUCAAUUUUUGUUUUUUUAUGCUUUCAUUUUUUUAUUUAUUUUUUUAUUAAAUUUUUUUAAAAAUUAAUAAUGUUGCCAUAUGAUUUUUUUCAUGUUUUUCAGACAUGGGAAGAACCUUUGGAAAAAAAGAAUUUGACUGAUAACGACAAAAGAGCCAUCGUUAGGAGUCGUCAAAAUGGACUGACCAUGAUGACGUUGGCAGGAAUGUUCGGCGUGACAGAGGCGUGCAUUUCUCAGUUCCUAAAGCGUUGGAAAGCUCAAGAUGGCUCUACUAAGAGCCAACGCACUGGAAAACAACGUGUCAGUGAUCGUAAUGGCGAUAGAAACAUUUUGAAGACGUCCAGAACCAAUCCAAGACUCACCGCCCCUGCGAUCAGGCAGGAAGUUUUCUUGAACUCGCGAUCUCCGCCAUCCGUCUCGACCGUGAAACGACGUCUGAAUGCUGCUGGAAUCAUGGGAAGACGUCCAGUGAAGAAACCGCUGAUUUCUGAAAAGAAUCGAGCCUCCAGGGUGAAGUGGGCGAAGGAGCAUCUCAACUGGACCCGUCAAGGCUGGAACAAGAUUCUGUGGUCCGACGAAAACAAGUUCCUCCUCUUCGGGAGUGACGGAAUUCAGUGGGUUUGUAGGCCAAUUGGGUCCAGAUAUCAUCCGAAAUACCAAUUACCCCCUGUGAAACUUGGUGGAGGACCGUUUCGUCCAUUUUGACGACCCACAACGAUGGCUCUUUUGUAGUUAUCAGUCAAAUCCUUUUUUCCAGAGGUUCUUCCCAUGUCUGAAAACAUGAAAAAAAAACAUAUGGCAACAUCAUUACUUUUAAAAAAUUUAAUAAAAAUAAAUAAAAAUAAAAGCAUAAAAAAACAAAAAAAUUGAAUUCAAUAAAAAAUGCCUAAAACGCGACACAGUGAUUGCGGACGUGUCUUUGUAUACCGUAUAUGUUACAAAGUAUAUUUUUACAUUAUCCCUGAAAGUUAUAUAUAAAUCGGAUAAGUACUCGCUGAGAUAUGCUCAAAAAACCAAAACUUAAUAGACUUUUGAGCGGUACUGUAUGUUUUCGGUCGUGUGCACUAUAUUUUUUUUUUCAAUGUUUUAUCAUUGGAAGAUUAAACUUUUCUCGGACCUUGGUAACGCGAACGGGACGCGAAUCGGACGUGUCGUGGCAUUUCUAGAGACUACUUUAGUAGACUUAGCGCUCUUGAGAGAUCCCUAGAAUUGUCCAGAAACAUCCGGAGCACGUCCGUUUCGCGUUACCAAUGUCCGAGUUGAAAUAAAAAAAUAAAAAUUUCAUUAUAGCGAAAAAUGUGGGAGACCGCAUAAAGUUCAAAUUACCUUUCUCGACAGGUGAGCAGUUUUUUGUUUUCUGGAAAAUACCGACUUUUUUCGGAAACUAGCAAAAUAGCACCAUUUCAAUUUUCUGUUAUGGUUUCUUACAUCAAAAAUAGGCCAGCAUCCAAACGUAUUCUAGAAGAAAAACCGAGAAAAAUGUCUAAAAUUGAUAAUACCAAAUUUUAAUACUAAAAAAAAUGGUCAGCGGCGCGCCACAUUUUUUUCGUCGUAAUUUUUUUCAUCCUCAAUCUUUUUUUGAAAAAAACUAAAAUGUUCUGAGUUUGAAAUCGAAGCAACUAUCAAUCCAUGGAAGUUCGAUGCCCCAAAAAUUUUUUUUUAAUUUCCUUGUGGUCCCUACUUAAAAAUCUACAUGACUACAUUUGAAAAAAAUACAAAGAACCAAUUUGAAACGAAAUUGGAACAAAGAUAGUCAACGAAUUGAAUGCACUAGAGCACUCUUUCUCUUCGGCUGUGCUUCAGGCUAGGUGUCCUAGUCCCUGUUUUGGGCGUUUUUUUUUUGAAGAGCCUACCGAGGCUUGACCCUGUCCCAGCUUCGGAAAAUUUUUAUAUUAUAAUUUUCUUCUUAAUUCAAAAUGUUCAACGAAACAUUCUCGUUAUGCCUUCUUUUUUCAGUUCAAAUCGUUGACUUGUGUGAUUGCGUCGGCCGCCGACGUUAUCAGCCUGCGCGACAAGUCCUUGUUGUCGUUGGAGGCGACGUCGUUCGCGAGGAAAUUUCCCAACUGCCCCAUCGACUUGCUCGCCGCCAUCGUCGCCAGCCGCGAAGACGUUGGUCGCAGUGAGGCGAGGUGCGGCUUUCAAAUUUGGAGUACAGAAAAGUCUUCUAUUCAGAACUCUAACCGAGGAGGUAACGGCUCAUGUUCAGUUCCAUCCCAAGGAUCCGGUGUUCGACCAGCUGUUUGCCAUGAACCAGCAGGUUUGCAGUGACCCUUGUUGUCCGUCUCAUCUGCAAUCUUCAGGAAACUACCGAAUGGCUGCCCAACUUCGGCAUGACUAACGUCUUCAGCACGUUCAUGAAGAAGGACUUGUCAAAGUCUUAAAAGUUUACUGUUGUCGAAUCGUUUUACGAAUGAAACAGUUUAAAAUUGUUGGUUUUUAUUGUUUCUCCAAUGUGUCAUCUCAUGUUGUUAUUUAUUUUUAUUUGCGAGAAGGAACUGAAGCAACUGGUUUUUGUUCUCUGGCCGCAUUUCCUGGUGGUGAAAAAAAACUGAUUGAAGAAAAAGCACGACAACUUCGCUGUAUAUGGAGUCUGAGCGGGCAAACGAAGGUGAGGGCAAGGAAAAAAAGAAAGUUCGACGUCGAUUUCCGUACGCUCGAAAAAAGUUGCACGACACGACUAGUAAAGGUUUUCUCAUUAUUCUUGACCUUUAUUCCUUUUUUUCUCUAGGAGGAAAGAAGAGCGAAAAGGAGUGCAAGUUUUUCGGCUCGCUUCAGGGAUGUCGAAACGGCGACAAUUGUCGGUAUCAGCAUGUGACGGAAAAGAAGGAGCCACUGUUGGCGAAAGAGGAUGACUGUGCUCCUCUUGGGGAUACUCUACAGGAGAUGACAAUUUGCAAGGUAUCCAGGCAAAGGAGAAAAGAAAUAAAAUUUCAAAACAGUUGCCUUUUUUGGGACCAUUUGGAGAAGUUAUCGGGUCGUCCUGCUAGAAAGGAGCGAUACAUUGGGGUUCAUUUCACUAUAAACGUGACUUCUCAUAGGCGAUUCCAACAUUUCUUUCCUUGAGAUCGUGAGCCUUUGAAAAAAAAUAACUUCGUGCAGAAACGCCCCGGAACGGAUGAUUCGAUCGUUGUUGUUGAACCGCCCCAAGUUAAUUCGAUGAACCGUCGGCCGAUGGGAGUUACUCGACCGACGGUCGAGCGUCUUAAACGGCAAGAUUUGGAGACCGAGGCGCAGAAACGGCAGCUCCUCGCCGAGAUUGCCUUCUUCAAAAGAAGGUACGUUUCUCUGACCAGUCUGGAGAUAUUCUGGCGGUGAACAUCUAGGUUUCCUAAGGCUUUGGUGGAAGUUUCUGCGGACGGAAAUACGAAGCUUGAAUUUUGUUACGAAACGAUCGAUCCAGAAUGGGUAACUUUUGCUUCGAAAUAUGUAGUAUUUAAUAACUAAGCGAUUUUUCGGUUUUCGAUGUAAAGAGUCUAACGAUGGACGUCACUCUUGCUGCUGGCCAUCCCUUGGUUGCGCCGAAGGUUUGCCUUCCGGAAACGUCCAAUUCCCGACUUCCAGAAGUCCUUCGAAGGCAUCUGACGGCAAAACUUGAAGAGACCAUCGAGGUUUUGCUUUUCUUCCUUUUUUACAUAAGCCUCAACUCGAAAACUGGUUGCAGGGAAAAUUCAAAGUGUACACUGUAAACGACUCGCACGAAAAUAUUGGAAAGUGGCUCCUGAAAUGGCUGGACAAGCACUUAUUGUCGUCUUUUGUCGAUGGCUUGCGGAAGACAAAACUGGUUCAGCAGGUGGCUAAGCAAGCUUUGAACAAUGCGACCUACGAAAACCGGCCUUUUUUCUUCCAAAAUUUAAAAAUUCCUGUGUUUGUGUCGAGAAAAGGUCCUUUAUUCUUUGAAAAAAAAACGCGUUUACUUCAUGUCGGAUCAAUACAGCAAAAUGGUGCUUUUAUAAUGAUAAUUUAUCUCUCGAAUAUCAGACAGGCGGCAAAAGGGGUGAAGAGGGAAUAGGGCUGGGGACGAGGGAGCUGGACGGCGUUCGCAGCGUCCCGCUCCGGUUCGAAUGAAGAUCAUGCUGCAUGGCUCGUCUGCGAUUCGUUCCGCCUCUUCUGUGAAAGCCUAAGUUAUUCUUGUCUUUGGAAUGUGGAGCGUCCGGCGAAGACCUGUGUUAGGCCGCGCGACGCAGGCUUUUUACGCGUUUUGGCUGCUCUCAUGGGCCGAAAGAUCGUCUGAAGGAUGACGGUUUAAUGCGUCCUUGGCUUCUGCCUCAGCAAAAGGGCCAAGAGAUCUUCUGAUCUUUUACUAUAAAUUCCUCGGAAGUAGAGUUCAAUAGGAGAAAAAAAAAAUGGAAUUUCAGGCUGAAUCUGUUGGAAUUUCACUUGUUGUUCCCUCUAACGAUAAGAAGGACUUUUCUGGCCCGAGCCGAGUUGUUUCAACGUCUGGCCAGGGAACCAGAGCUGCUCAAAAAGAUCGAGAAGAUGCAGAAGAAGUGAACCUUGAUGUGUGUAUCAAAAAGUUUUGUAAGAUUGGCGAAUUUUGUUGAGGAUCCAAUCGAGCUCUCUUCUUCUUCUUCUUUUCUCGAAAAAGGGAAAACUUGUGUGGCUGACUCGUACCCCAUCAAGAUGGCUCUCAACUGGAACGACUCGAGGUUGUCUCGUUGUUCCUUAGCUUUGUUCUUACUAGUUAGAUUUGUCUCAAAAUGGUUUUUCAGCGGAAAUGUUGCCACCUUGCGGGCGACAUCAUUGAUGAUCCAAUCGAAAUGUUCGCGAUGUAGAGUGGAAACGAGCCACGAGGUUAACGGAAAGCAAAGGCGUAUCCUAAAUCAUUUCCUCAGGUUCCGGCGAACGAGCUACUGGUCGGGUGGCGAUGCGAAAAAUGUUCUUUCGCGCAAAGCUUACGGUACGUUGAUCUAAACGGACGCGGUUGAAGUUCAAAAAAAAAAAAAAUUAAAAAAGGUCAUGGAUAAUUUUUGAAUAGCAUCAUAAACGGCAUCGCAAAAUUGUUCUUCUUUCAUUCCAGUCAGCUCGGCGCAACAUGCUCACUAAGAAUAACUGCCGAGAUAAACGCGAGACGCUGGCGGUACAUUGACGACUCGCAAACAUCUCGCAUUUUUUUCUCGCGCCAGUCUCGCAUUUUUCUGGGCGCGAGCUCGCAUUUCUCUCGCAUUUUGAAAAUUUCCGAAAUGCAAGAUAAAUGCGAGCUCGCGCCGAGAUGAAUGCGAGCUCGCGCCCAGAAAAAAGCGACAUGUUUGCGAGUUCGUCAAUGUACCGCCACCGACCUUGCAUUUAUCUCGUCAGUUAUUCUUAGUGCUAUCACUAAAGAUAAAUGCCGAGUCUGGCGUGAGAGAGAUGUGAGGUCGGUGUUGGUACAUUGAUGAACUCGCAAACAUCUCGCUCUCUCCUCGCCGGUUGCGCAUUUGUCUAGGCGCGACUUCGCAUUUCAAAAAUUUCCGUGCGAGGUCGCGCCGAGAAAGAUGCGAGGUCGUGCCUAGACAAAUGCGAGGUCGCGCCUUGAAAAAUGCGAGAGCCGCGAAGGCAGAGCGAGAUUAUUGCGAGUUCGUCAAUUUACCGUCAGUUUCUCGCCUUUAUCUCGGCAGUUAUUUUUACUGUAUUUACAAACUACUCAUGAAAAAAAAUUUUACUUCUAUAGUCAAUCCUUCCCGACUUGAAAGGCGAGGGAGACGGAAAAGUACGCGAUACGCGGUUCUUGGCACGAGUUUAAUUUUACCGCCAGCGACUACUUAAAAAGCUCAGUCGCCGUUCUUUUAGUAUCUAUUCUACUAUUUUUCAUGCACGAAUGAGAAAGAUCAAUAAAGAAUUGAAAAUAGAAGUGAAAAGGGCGAUAAACGAGCUCUCCAAAUAGGGGCUGGCAGCUGAAUUGAGCCAACUACUGCAUACGCGCACGCUACGCAUCCCGUUUUUCAAGUCGGGAAAUUUUGACUGAAAAUGCUGCUCGAGCUUUAAUAUUUUAAAACAACAAUCCCACUUUUCGUUGAAUGAUACAUGUCGCUCUCAACUUAAAGCGCAAGAAACUCUAGUUUAAGAUUACGACCCGAAAUGGUGCAUAAAUCGAGCAAUUUGCUCUGUCGUCUGGAUGCUCGCGGCUGCCGACCUUCAGACUGCAUUCUCUUGGAUUCGGCCUUUGAAGCGGCCUGUUUGGCUUGCGAUAGAGAAGACAGUGUUCAGGUUUCACUUUGAAUUUAAAAGCUUUUUCGAAAAAAUUGCGAAUCUCAAAAGCUUGUCGUGUGGCAAAAAUUGGCUCGCAGAAAAUCAACUACGGUGAAGUUCACAAGUCGUGGUGCCGAGGCUGCCAUGCUCCCAUUCAGUUUUCAAUUUCUCGGAUCCGGUUUCUCGGCGACUCUGAGCGCCUCUGCAGAGAAGAGGGUAGCGCUGCGGUCGCCAUCUCAAAAAGGCCCAAAAAGGUUCGACGGUUUUUCUUUAAACUUCCUUCUCGCAUCCUGCAGAAGAUUUUCAAUUUUUUUUGGCUUAUUUUAAGAACACAUUGCAACUGUUUCAUCCUCAUUAGGAUACUGUGACAGUUCUUUGGUUCGGUUAGAAAUUAUGUGAAAAGUAGAAAUACUUUGACUUAUGCUGAACUUGGGUUCCUGGAAAAAAGCUCAGAAUGCUUGAGCAUUCUACUUUUGUGCACAUUUCUUACUGUAAAAUUAAUCCUUCAGUUCAAGUUUCAGUUAAAUAAAUGACAGUGCGUUUUCCCUAAAAGCACAUGAUUUAAUUUUCCAAUCACUCGUUUUUGGGCUUCGAAAAAAAACAGUUUAAAAAUAAUCUGCUCAAAGAUUCGGACUAGCUACCUACUCCGCAAUGAAAAGGCCAAACCCACAUGUCGAGAGUAAUAAUGCAGAAAACAGACUUGCAGACUGAGAAAAACGAUGUCCUCACAGAGGGCGGCUGCCUGCCCGCCAUGGGCACCUGUAAGCACUAUAAGAAGAGUUACCGUUGGUUCAGGUGAAUAAGGAAAUUAAUGAUCAUUUGAAACUAAAUGUGGCCGAUUAGAUAAAAAAAAUAGUCUGAUAUGUACUCUGCACUUCUCUCACAUCUCAUGUUGGCCAGUAGCAUCCGUGAGUGCUACCGCCGAUCACCCGUUUCACACCCAAAUGGCCAGUUCACGAGCUAAAGCCCCGUUUAGGUCCAGGCGAUCCCGUUUAGGUCGAGGCAAUCCCGCAACGUUAAAAAAUCACCGGGUGAUCGGCAGUAGCACCCAUUUCGCAAAGUAAUGAUGUAUUAGCCCAACGUUUGCUACUGGCCAGCAUGAGAGACUGUCGUGUGGCAAAUAUGAAAAUUGUAAUACAAAAGAAAGAGCUCGCCAAAUUGGUGCAACACUUCAGGUUUCCUUGCUGUGGACGCCUCUUUCCCUGCGACAUUUGUCACCAGGUUUCGGUCAACAACGAGCACGAGAUGAAGCUGGCCAACAGGAUAGUUUGCGGACAUUGCAGCAGAGAGCAGGUUUCAGGGUAAAAAGAGGGAUAUAACUUUUUCAGCCUUUCAAAAAAAACGAGCCGUGUGAUAGGUGCGGCGCGGCAACGACGACAAGACGGACCCAGUUCUGGGAAGGCGGCAAAGGAUGUCGAGAUCCGACCAGAAUGAGCAAGUUAGCUUUUCGAUUUGUUUUCAAGUGAAUUUAUUACAUUCCAAAUGUGCCAGUGCAGAGCAAAAGAAGCUUGCGUGCCAAGCAGAAAUUCCGGGAAAAAAAACCUAUAGGGAAACUUCUAAUUCUACAUGGAGGGUUAUGAUUUAUCUACAUUUUUCAACUCAUCAUCUACUUCAGGAAAAUUUUAUUAAUAAAAAAGAAUUCCGCAAUGCAAAUUCAAAAAAACAGGCAGAGUUCACAUUUUAGUCAUUUUCAAGAUGAAAUUUUCGCAUAUUUUGUCGUUUUGUGCAACUUUUUUUUAAAAAUUUCCUCCAUGAGCAUGUUGAAUUUGAAAUGGUUCAUAAAUUGAUGAGUUUUUUUGGAAUUAUCGGUUGCUACACAGGCCUCUAGAUAUACACAGUGGUGA